CCUUGCAUAAAGCAAAGACUAUCAACUAAGAACCAUUCAUUCACAUAUUACAUCUCUUCUAUCCCUCUUUUACUAGCUUUGCGACAUGGUGACGACUGUGCCGUUCUUGAAUGUAACUUCCAUACCAUCUCCGUCGUCCAAAACUUUUCUCCGACGACCUUACACUGUUUCCCGCCAAAACUCUCACGCCUUCCCUAUUCGAGAAGUUUCUUCACCCCUUAACUCCUCUCCUUCCUCGCAUUCAUCUCGCUUCUGCCGUGAGAUAUUUGUCAAACCUGAAGUAUCAUCUCUGACCCGAUCGGUUACAGUGAGAUCGGUGUUAAGCACGCCUCUCAUUUCUCCUAAUGAUCAAUGGGGAAUGUGGACUGCACUUUUUGCCACUGGAACUUUCGGUCUCUGGUCAGAGAAGACCAAAAUUGGAAGUGCGAUGAGUGCGGCACUUGUGACCACUUUAAUAGGACUUGCAGCUAGCAAUUUAGGAAUCAUCUCUUCAGAAGCUCCUGCUUUCUCUGUAAUGAUGAACUUCCUGCUCCCCUUAGCUGUUCCUCUGCUUUUAUUUAGAGCAGAUUUGCGUCGUGUGAUCCAGUCUACAGGAAAACUUCUGUUUGCUUUUCUUAUCGGAUCAUUUGCUACAACGGUUGGUACAGUUUUGGCUUACUAUCUGGUACCGAUGAAAUCGCUUGGUUCUGAUAAUUGGAAGAUAGCAGCUGCCCUUAUGGGAAGACAUAUUGGUGGAGCUGGAAACUACAUUGCGAUAGCGAAAGCUCUCGAUGUUUCGUCUUCAGUAAUAGCAGCUGGACUUGCUGCUGAUAGCGUAAUAUGCGCUUUAUAUUUCAUGACAUUGUUUGCUUUAGCUUCUAAAAUACCAGCUGAAUCUUUACCACCACAAACUAGUGAUGGUGUGAAGAUGAACGAAGGCAGAGAUAAAAUCUCUGUGCUACAAAUGGGCACAGGAAUAGUUGUGUCUUUAGCUAUAUGCAAAGUUGCAACUGUUUUCACAAAGUAUUUCGGUAUUUCGGGUGGUAGCUUACCAGCAAUUACUGCUAUAGUUGUUGUUUUAGCCACUAUAUUUCCGUCUCAGUUUGACCAUCUAGCACCGGCUGGAGAAGCAAUGGCUCUAGUUCUCAUGCAGGUGUUUUUUGCAGUGUUGGGAGCAAGUGGUAACAUAAGGAGUGUAAUAGAUACAGGACCAAGCAUAUUUAUAUUUGGUUUGUUACAGAUAGUGAUACAUCUGGGGGUGUUACUGGGAAUAGGAAAAGUGAUGAAGAUAGAGCUAAAGCAUUUGCUUCUUGCAUCAAACGCUAAUGUUGGAGGCCCCACAACUGCUGCUGGAAUGGCCACAGAAAAAGGAUGGAGCUCUUUGAUAGUCCCUGGGAUUCUUGUCGGAAUAUUUGGGAUUGCCAUUGCUACGUUUUUAGGAAUUGCAUUUGGAGUCAAAGUCCUUAAGCUCAUGUGAUGUUUAAGUGGAAUCACAUGAACUUAAAUUUCUGUCACCAAUACUAUUUGGAAUCCUUACAAGUCUUUAGCUCGUUUGCUCUCUAUGUCCUCACUAGUUUUGCUAUUUUGCUGACUAUAAAAUUCAAAUUCUAAAAUGGUUAA